UGUUGUGUGCUAAUAUAAAUAAAACUCUAGCCUAAUGCAAUUUUUCUUAAUAGUGUUUAAUGGCGUGUUUUAGGUUAUUUAAUUUGUGUUUUCCCAAUAGUUUUUUUAUGUGUUAACAUGUGGUUAAGCUUAGUGAUUAAUUGUGUUAUUAAAUUUUAAAUGUUCCUAAUUUAAAUAGAGCCCGAUCAUAGAGUCCCUGUAUCGGCCAGAGACAUUGCGUUCCAAAUUUAUCACGUAGAACAGCGCUAUGUUGAAAUGAACAAAAAAAAAUUGAGUGCGAAGAACUGAUACUUCUAUAGUGGUGCUUAAACGAAUACAAAAAACAGUGCUAUAAUUAAAUUUUAUGUGGAUUUUUUUAACAAUUAUAAGGAAUUUAUCAGAUUUGUUUUACAGUUUAUUUAAAUAGUUUUAUGAUAAAAAUUAUAUUAAAAUCGAAGCGAAAUGGGAAAAAAGAAGAAACAGAACGGGAAAAAGGGCGGCAGUAGAUUUUUUCGCUGGAUGAGAAGCGAUUUACCUGAUGAGGAAGACAAGAAGACACCUGUCCUACUUUUAGGAGUCAACAAGAUAUCAGAUUCCCCUUCAUUUGUCAGAAGAAGAUCGAUUGAACCCCAUACUUCUGGUUCUAUAAGAUUCUUUAGACCGCCAAAAUCAAAAUACACAAGAGGACUUCAUGGAGACGAAAGAUUGGAGAAAAUUAGGCAAGAUCUCUUAGUGCAUAAACAUAAGCCUGAUAGGUACAUUCCAAAAACGACUCAUGAGGUGUCAGUAGAACCUUCGUCCUGCCAAAGACCUUGUCUAAAAUUAGGCUGCGCGGGAAAUUGUAAUUGUGACAGAAAAAGAUCAUCUAACAGAGGGUCGUUUUCUUUUCAUAGACCUGAAAAUCGUCAGUCAUCACUUUGUCCAUCAGAACCAUACGGCAAACCCGAGGAAAAGAAAGAUUAUUCAGAAAACGAUAUUGAAUACAAAUAUACAGAAUACAUUCCAGAUACAGAACCAUCCAGCAGCAAACAGACGUCGUACAACGUGACACCAAAAUCUACUGAACGUAGACAUUUUUUGCUCUCGAAUCUAAAUGAGAGAUUUCGCAAAACCCUAAGUUUAGAUUCUCGUAAAAUCGAAACUAAUCGUAUCCCUUUAAGUCUGCCUCAGGAACAGCGACCGAAAUCUCUCGUAAACACCAGUAAUAUUUGUGUACAGCAAUUUAAAUCUGGUGACCCUUUUAUACUACCAACUUUUGAUAAAACAAGUCAGCCAAAGAAAAAAAGAAAAUCAUUUUUCUCACUAGACACAUUCUUUGAUUCUAAAAAAUCUGACACGUCAUCCGUGGACGAUUACUGUUCUUCUAAGUAUAAACGUUUCGAGCUAGAGAGCGAUGAAUCGCCACUAUUCAGACGUGAUAUUUCCCCGCAGCAGCAAAGAGAAAAAACCCCUGACUUGUUAAAUUUACCAGUCAUAAUAGAUUCCGUUCGAAAGAAACAAUCGGAAACCAGACGUCAAUUGGAUAAGUUAGAAAGCCAUUUCUAUAAAAGUAUAAGCAAAACACAAACUGUUAUAGACGCGGUACCGAAAGACGCUACUGACGUACAAGGCCCAAGCGGACAUACCAAUCAUUUAUUCGUAUACGAUGAUGACGUAGAAUACAUUGAACCUAUACGAAGUAAUUUUACCAGUCAAAGCACCUUAAUAUUGGACAAGAACAUUCCCGGUGAAUUUACUUUAAAACCAGAUUCAACAUUAACUAUUAAUACUGAAGAUACGGACAUUAAACUACCAAGUUCUACAGUCUCGCCGAAAUCUAAUGAGGUGAGGAACCUUGAAAAUGAUUUAGAUAGUAUCGGUGCCUAUGAAAUCGAAGUAAAAGAAGCAGAUCUAUUAAAAGAUAAAAGUAAGAAUCUUACUGUAAAAGUAAUGGACAAAUCUGUUGAUUCGAUUGGCAGUUGCUCCCUUGACGUCGAUGCUAGUACAGAUUUUUCAGAUACCACAUCUGGAAGCUUGAAUCUCUUGACGCCAUCGUCUACGAAUAGCCGCAUCCGGGAUUUCACAUCGCGCAUACAGGAGAGGGCGGGCUCCACGCUACAGCCGAGCUACCAGCCGACACCAACGCUCACACCCACCAGGACACCAGAAGACGUGACACCAACACCCAAGAAAGACAACCUUCUUAAGCCACCACCGAAGCUCUAUGUUGACUCCGGCAGUCACAGAUCACGCACACAACAAAAGAAACGUGAAGAAAUACCACAAAAGAAACCCAGUUAUCUAAAUCUAGCUUGCUCCGUUAAUGGCUACACAAACCUAACCACAUACGACUCGAAGCUGAGACAAGACAUCAACAAGAGCCGAGAAGCUUCUCCAAUAAGACCAAUAACGCACACGUAUCAAUACAAGAGCGAAAACAAUUCGUUGCUCGUACCUGUUCCUAUCAGUGCAAACAAACUGCUCGUACCGACCUUCAUUCCUCAUGAUACUGAAACUGAUUUGACAAAGAAAUCGCCUUCCAAGGCGCACAAAGAUCCUUACAUGUCCUCACCAUCCCAUGCCUAUAUGGCCGCUGAGAAUAAACAACUAAAGAACGACUUCCUAGGCUCCAGCAUGACGACCACAACUAGACCAUAUAUAUCCAAUGAUAACAAGAAUUUUGCUUCGUCAAUGCUACACAAAGACGAAGUUGAUAAUGCAAAGGAAAUUACCUUUAAAUCUAGUUAUUCGGAAUCUAAUUUUAGGCAAACAAUUACGACUAAUGGGAAGGAAUCACGAUUUAGUGCUGAAUCUUACACAAUAUCAUCCAAUGGUAUGUCGAAAAGGGUCGAAAUCACUAAAGAGAAUGGAGAAAAACUAACAAGUCCAAUGAAAAGCUUUAUCCAACAACGUGUAGAAAGGUUGUACGGGCCGGGAGCGUUAGCACAAGGAUUCUUCAAUCAGAAACGUCUUAAAUUCACAAGUCAAAGUGAUGGGGAGUGGUCGAAAGUGUUAACGGAGAAAUCAUUAAAUUGUCCCGAUAGAUGCCUCGGUCCGAGAAAGUCUUGUAGCAAUCUCGAGAGCGAGAAUAUGUUUUCUAGUCCCAAAGAAUCAGACUCGAGUGUUUUACCGGUUUUAAGACAUUUACGACCUGAAUUCCGAGCACAACUUCCUAUACUGUCCCCUAAGAAGAGCUUAAAAUGUGACCUGUCCCCUCAAAAGGACGAAAACAUUCCAAAGCCCGUAGAUAAGACUGAAAUACAAGUUGAAGAUAAAAUAAGUGAUGUGUCGGUAACAAAUGGUGUAUCUGUGAUAAAUUUAGACGAUGACAAGGAAGAUGUGGCAAAGGACUCGGUGAAUGGCAGUGCAAGUGUGAACGGUGCUGAGAAAGUUAACGGAGAUGUUGUUAAAGAUGCACAUUAUUUCUUAGAUCUGGAAAAGAAGGAGACGGAGAGACUUAUUGCACUUGCAAUCACCGCCGAAAAAGAAUUGGAGAAUUUACAGAAUGACGAGAACAUCAGUGAAGAAGUGUUUGGCUUACUGCGGGCCGCGGCCGGCAAAGCACGUCUAUUGGCUACGCAGAAGAUGCAACAAUUUGAAGGCCUCUGCUACAACAAUAUCAACGAGCGUCAGGACGAGCCGUUCCCCACCACAUUGCAGGACCUGCAGGGCUUCUGGGACAUGGUGUGUCUGCAGGUGCGCAAUGUAGACGCCCUCUACCAGCACAUCGCCAACGUCAAGGCCAACGGAUGGAAAGAGAUAGCGUCCCCAGUGUCGAAACCAGCGCCGGUGACGACAACUCCAUCCCGUGGGCGAGUGCGCGCACCUCGACAAAACGACGAGAAGUCGCAAAAGGCCAAACUCGCCGCAGAGAAGAGAGAGGCGGACCGUAAGGCGAUGCUGGAACAUAGAAGACGCAUGGCACGUGAGCGACAGCAAGCGGCCAACCCCGCACACACCGCGACCUCACACGUCACUGACAAUGGCAAUGCUUCACAGGAGGUUGAAAUAUUUGUCGGUAAAAGCAACAAAACCGAUAAAAUUGCGUCACAAACUGACAGCACAAGCAAUUUGUCAGCGGACGCACAACUCAGCUGAUUUGCUUGAAUUUAAUAUAUUAUUUAUUGUACUGCUUCUAUAAACCUCGGUCCCUUAUCAUACUUAGAGUCGCUUUAAUGUUAAUUAAGGUGUACCUUAGUUAGAGUUCAUACUUAAUCUACACUAAGUUACUUCUUUAGUUAUCAUUUAACAACUCUGAAUAAGAUAUCGUUAUGUUGCCUGGAAUUAAAAUUAAUGAAAUUUUAU